CAGGGUAGCCAGUUCCUAGUAUAUUUUCCUGUCACACCUCAGGAUCUGCUAAACAUCAAUCAUCUUCGCGACACCCGUUACAAAGGACUCCGGUUCCUCUACCUCGAAAAUCCUCAAACUUUGAUUGUCAAAAUCAUGCCGGGUGGAAUUCAUGAGCAGCUGAUUUGGGAAUUUGGAUACGGGUUGCGCAGGAAGGUUGACCGAAUGGGACUAGGUCGGGCUCUUAGACCUAUGGGGAGCACAACAUACCAGGGUGUUAAGUGCGCAAAAGAAGCGGACGCAGCAUUCGAACCUCGCCUACCUGGCCCCUAUGACAGAUAUUGGCCAACCUUGGUUGUGGAGUGUGGAGUUUCAGAAUCAUUGAAACGCCUGAGGGUGGAUUCGGACUGGUGGUUGCAGAAUUCGGAAGGUGCUGUAAAGACAGUACUUGUUUUUUCAGUCUCCAAGGCGACAAGACACAUACACCUCGAGCAGUGGGAAAAUGGAAACUCCUCAAAGUCCGCCACAGCUAAUCCUCCAAUAACCCCUACCAAAAUUAAUGAAAUCGACAUCAUGGGUCCCAUGGAUACUAGCGGCGGAGUCCAGAGACCUAUUGUUACGGGAGCCCCAUUAAAGCUGGAGUUUGAAAAGAUUUUCCUUCGGCAGCCAGACCGCCGCUGUGGUGAAGAUAAUAUUAUCUUCACUGCGCAGCAGCUUGGUCUCAUUGCCAGUGGCAUCUGG